CCCACAGACUCCAUUGUCACUCGUAAACGCGCCGCCGUGGAGAGAGAAGAGAGAAUGGAGGAUAUCGAGGAUUUGUUGGCCGGAGGAGUCGGUGGUGCACCACCGGGAUUCCGAUUACCGUUGAAUGCGGUUGGGAUAAAUCCGAAGACGAAUAAGAGCAAACGUGUUAGCUCGAAACAGGAUCAAAUUACUGCUUCGAAUCGUGACUCGCUUGCUCCACCAUCGUUGAAGAUUCCAGGAACUCAGACGAUAUACAUCAAGACGUUUGGAUGUUCUCAUAAUCAGAGUGAUAGUGAGUAUAUGGCUGGUCAGCUUACUGCAUUCGGCUAUGCGUUGACAGAAGUCCCGGAGGAUGCUGAUUUAUGGCUCAUUAACACCUGUACUGUGAAAUCUCCUAGUCAGUCUGCAAUGUCUACUUUGAUAACGAGGGGUAGAAGUGGGAAAAAGCCUCUUGUGAUUGCGGGAUGUGUUCCUCAGGGCAGUCGUGAUCUUAAAGAACUAGAAGGCGUUAGUGUAGUUGGAGUUCAACAGAUUGAUCGUGUUGUUGAGAUCGUUGAAGAAACUCUUAAGGGUCAUGAAGUGCGGCUUCUGACUCGGAAGACUUUGCCUGCGCUUGAUCUCCCAAAGGUGCGGAGGAACAAUUUUAUCGAAAUUCUCCCCAUUAAUGUUGGCUGUUUGGGUGCCUGUACUUACUGCAAGACCAAGCACGCCCGUGGUCACUUAGGAAGCUACACAGUCGAUAGUCUUGUGGAGCGGGUGCGAACUGUAAUAUCUGAAGGAGUCAAGGAGAUUUGGUUGAGCAGUGAGGACACUGGGGCAUAUGGUCGUGACAUAGGAGUUAAUCUUCCAAUCCUGCUUAAUGCUAUCGUUAAGGAGCUUCCUUCUGAUCAAAGCACAAUGCUAAGGAUUGGGAUGACUAAUCCUCCCUUUAUUCUAGAGCAUUUGAAAGAAAUAGCAGCAGUGUUACGUCACCCAUGUGUCUACACCUUUCUUCAUGUCCCUGUGCAAUCUGGCAGUGAUUCUGUGUUGACGGCCAUGAACAGGGAAUAUACAGCAAGUGAGUUCAGGACUGUGGUAGACACCUUGACAGAGCUUGUGCCAGGAAUGCAAAUUGCUACUGAUAUAAUAUGUGGUUUUCCUGGUGAAACCGAUGAAGAUUUUUCUCAAACAGUUGAACUUAUCAAGGAUUACAAGUUUUCUCAAGUUCAUAUUUCUCAGUUUUACCCCAGACCAGGGACCCCAGCAGCAAAGAUGAAGAAGGUACAAAGUAAAAUAGUGAAGCAACGAAGCCGUGACUUGACUUCUGUCUUUGAGGCUUUUGCACCUUACACCGGGAUGGAGGGCAGAGAAGAGAGGAUAUGGAUAACCGAAAUAGCAACUGAUGGAAUUCAUUUGGUUGGACAUACGAAGGGAUAUGUACAGGUCUUAGUUACUGGACCAGAAAGUAUGCUUGGGACUUCAGCUAUGGCGAGGAUAACAUCUGUGGGGAGAUGGUCAGUGUUUGGGGAAGUGAUUGAGACAUUUAGCUCUGCAAAUAGAGAAACAAAAUCCCGAGAAGAAACAAAGCCGCCUUGUUCGUCGAAUGUUAGUUCUUGUGAGACUUGCACUUGCUCUGCUGAGAGCUGUGGGGAAGAGAGAUCAGGAGAGGCGUGUAACAUUUCUGGAAAUAUCUCAAGACAAGAUGAUCAAAAGGGAAAGUCAGAGAAACAAGAGACGGAGAUGCGAGAGGUCGUCGUACCGGGAAGCAGCGUAGCAAAUUGGGGUUUCAUUGAUAAGGCACUAGUGUGUGGAGUGUUCGUAAGCUCUCUCACCAUUCUAGUUUUGUUGAUUAGUAUAGCAUCUAGAGUUUUGGUGCGCCAAUGAAUCUGUGUCAGAUUUAUCGUCUUUCGAAUAUUUUUUGGCUUUUACUUGUCUAAGAAAUAUUCCGUGAUGUACUCACGAAAUCAGACCUUGAUGAAACCAUGUAGAAUGUAUUGCUCCACAAUGCUUGAUUCGUUUCUCCCCA